AUGGGUAGGACACGACCACAAAUAAGCUACAAUGAGGUUUAUUGUCUGAAACGCGGGCAUGUGCUUUUUAAGCCAAAACAUAUCAAAUCUAAAGACAAAUUGCUAUUAAAAUAUAAAAACACAAGAAAAUGCAAGAAGGAACCUAAAAGAGCAAAGCUAAUUAAGCCACUGCUAUUAAAAUCAGCAAGAAAAAAUGUGAAUCAAUGCUUGCAAUCCAAUGGAAAAUUGCUCUUUGCUUGGAAUGGCAAUAUUGUAAAGCUAAACUUAAAAUCUAUGAAAACGGUCCAGAAAAAUUCUUCUCUAAACCUCACAUACCCUGGAGGAGUAGUUAUGUGCGCAAUUCCAGAUCAAAAAUUUUUUUGCGUUGACUGUAGGAGAGGAAAUAGUUUUAAAUAUGACAUCUAAGUAAGGGCUUCGCUCCCAGCUGUAGCUUCGAGCACAUAUUUAAAGUAUAUUGCAUGCUUUACCAUGCAAGAAAUGGGCAGCAAUGCUAGCUAAACAAUGCCAUGGUAUCGGAGCCUAGCUCACUUCCGAGUUGGGUUUUACCUCGAAGGAAGGGGAGGUUUGGGGUUGGAAAGGGAAAUCUAUCAAGUCCGCUUCUAUGCAGAGACCAAUUGGGCUAAUCCCUAGCAUAUGCAGGAAGUUACGCCCUGAGCACGAACUUUUCUUUUUGCUGAGGAUUCCAUUUUUGGUAUUUCUGUGCGACAUACUUCAUUGCCUAAGCAUAAACAGCUACCCAUAUAGUCUGCCCACUUAGAAUUUUAUCCACAAGUCAAGGAGCAAAGAGAAGGCGCAAGAGGAAGAGUGAAGACUUCAGAUAUCCCAUAGCGCCACAGGCCAAAGGAUGGUCUCGAUCCUUUUCUAGCUGAGGAGUGAUCCCAAUCCAAACCUAGCUUGAUCGAUCGCGUCACAAAACUAUUGAUGAACCCUUAUGCGUCGUUGGAGACUGUGUUACCAAUAGGCGGAAGCCAACCUAAAAUAAGGGCAAGACUGUUGGGGAGGAUCAAUACUCGUCUUUGACAUAAAACUCAACAUUUCUAUAAGAAAGAGUGUAAAGCCAAGGCUAUGAGGCACAAUUAUUUAUCUUAAUGGAUUAAUUUACGAAUUUUUAGAUAUGAACAAAACUUAUUGAGCACUAAAAAUGUAUGACUUAAAGACUAAUAGGCACAAAAAAGUAGCGCUUAUCAAAUGUGAUGGUUGCAGUAUUGGCGUCGUUCGCGCUGUUUGCGCUGUUUUUGAAGAAAAAAUUGCUUUUACAGCAAAUGGAAGUGUCAGAAUUUUUGACCCUUUUUGCAAUAGUUGUUCAGAGGUAUUGAAAUUAGAUCAGCAAUGAUACUUUACCCUUUUAGUUGCAAAUGAUAAAUUGUAUUGCAUUCAAUCUCAUGGCCAUGUAUUUGAAAGCAUCGCGAUAGACUUCACGCAGUGGAUUUGUAUUGGGAGAAACACAAUUUGCUAUGGCAUUUAUGGGCUGCCAUUAUAUUCGUUAUAUGAUGGCUCGAUAUAUUUUGUUGGCGCCCCAGUAAAUCCUUCUUUGUAUGAGUUCAAUCUAAAAACUCGAAAAAUUGUGUUUAUUGAUCAUUUAUUUUAA